GACUGCCUCCAACUACCGUCGUUUGUUUGUUAUGUUUUGCUUUGCGUUGCUUCUGGUUUUGUGAUAACGAGUUUUUGAAGACUUGCUUUGAAAGCCGCUAAUGGUAAUCCUCAAGUACUCUCACUUUGCAAGCAAUGAUUUGAUCUUGGCAUCUGAUACUCUAUUUACACAAUGGAAGUGAUCCAAAUCGAUGGUGAUGAAACUGUGCCAGGUAAAGCAAGUCCUGGUACUGCAUCAACAUCUGAGAACCACAUUAUCAUUGAAACAGUUGAGUUGAAGACUCUGAUUCAAGAUGAUGAAGAGACAACCUUAGAAGUAGUAACUGUGCUGGACGAUGGAGUAACUCUUUCUGAAUUACCAAGACGCUCUGGCAAAAGAGUACCUAAACUUCCUGCGGAAGCUGUUUCAAAUUCUCUCAAAGAUCUGGUUGCACUCAAACUUUUGGGCUACAAGUGUAAUAUUUGUAAUGCGGAAUUUUCUUCGAAGCAGAAUAUACUGAGACAUUGUGAUGCUCAUGGUGAUCUUGAUGCAUUUUCUGCUGUUCUUGGGCCUAGUGAAGAUUUAGCUGCAGAAUUUCCUAAACCUUCUAAGAAGCCCAAAAUAAUAAAGAAGACAUCCAAAGAGUCUGCUUUCAAACCUAAAAAACUGUCUGAGCAACUUGCCAUUCUGAAGUCCAAGGCUGAAGAGACAGCCAAUGAAAGUUUCAUUGAGGCUAAAGAACCUACAGGUGAUUCUGUUGAGAAAGAAAAUCUAAGUGAAUCUGCCAGUGAAAGUAAGGAAACCGGUAGUGAGUCCACUAAUGAGUCUAAAGAAGGUGAAGGGACAGCUAAGAGGCGACGUAAACUAUACUGCAACAUAUGUAAAGUAGAUUAUCCGUCAGGUGAAGCAUUAUACAACCAUUUUAAGGAUGAUCAUGAUAUUGACAACCCUUACUUGAGGGGCAAUAUUUCCAAUUCUAAUGAACCACGCAGCUAUGACUGCAAAGACUGCAAUGCAACUUUUAGCACCAGCAGUGCCUUAUGCAGACAUCGUAAGAACACACAUUUAUCACAUGGGCCAGUGUCUGGAAUCUGCCAUCAUUGCGGAAACUCAUUCCGUCUUUCUACAUUACCAUGUCAUGAAAAGAUUUGUGGCAGCAGGCGAUGGCCAAGGAGAAGACAAGAUUGUUCGUUUGAGGACUGUAAAGCAUCAUACUUCAAGAAAGAAGAACUUAUCAAGCACAUGAAAGAGGAACACAAAGUACCCCUUGAACCCAUGCGGACCAUUAGAUUUGAGAACAAAGAAGAAUUCUUUAGGUGGAAAGAAGAGGAAGAAGAUCGUACAUUUUCUUUUUAUACUAAACAUGCUGGCACUAAAAGAAAUAUUAUGACAUACUACUGUCAACAUGAGGGAAGUGAGAGGAGCCACAAAGGGGGUGGUAAAGAUGCAGAUGGUAAUGAAAAGUUGAAAAAAAUUAAUAAGAAAGGAAGAAUUAAGACAGGAAAUGUCUGUACUUCAUAUUUGCGAGCCAAAAUUACAGCCACUGAGGUGAUAGCCUAUUAUUAUCCCUCACAUAGUCAUCCAAUAUCCCCUGAAGAUGUAAAGCAUCAACCUUUGUCGAAGGAAAUUAUCCAGUUUAUCAAAGAGCAAAUAGCACUAAACGUUCCAGCCCGACAAAUUCAAACUAUGGUGAAGAAAAGACUCUCAGAGACUCGUAGCUGCCGUAGAGAUGCCCAAAUUUCAUUGAAAAGAAUUAAUUCAUUUGCACAGAGAUACAAUCGACUUAAUGAUAAGGUACUCAAUGUUGCAGUUGAUUCGUUUAAUUCGUUCAUUGAUGCCCUUUGCUCUCAAGAUGAUUCUCCCGUGCUGUUCUAUCAACCCCCCAGUGACAAUGCCCGAUUGGAUGUGCCAAAUGAAGAAGAUCACCUAUUUUUUCUGGGACUUCAAACAGCAGAUCAGCAAAGAAUGCUACAAAGAGAAACAGCUAUGCCUAUGUUCAUUAGUGUUACAAAGACAGACUAUACUUUACAAUAUUAUUUGAUCUCAAUUUUAGUGACCUGUGAAAAUAAUUUUGAAUAUCCCGUAGGCCAUCUUAUUAGUAGUCAACUGAAUGAAGAUGUUGUCAGUCUGUUUCUUCAGAACAUUGGUGAAAGGUGUCCUGAUCUCAAUGUAAAUUGUAUAAUUUCCUGCGACUGCCCAGAAAUAAAUGGUGCUAUCAGGAAAGUGUUUGGGGCUGAUGGGCCUUACUUCCUUAGCAAAUGGCAUUUUCUUGAGUAUAUGAGAAAAGACUUCUUCAAAUCAGUGCCCUCGAAUAAGGUUGAAGAACUUUUUGAUUUUGUUUUGGCUAUGUCAGAUGCUGAAAGUGAAGAGAGAUUCCUUUUUCUGUAUAAUUCUUUCAAGGAGCAGUAUGAAUCAGCCUUCCCUGAUAUUGUUUCAAAUUUUGGUGAAUAUUUUGUGAGAGCAGCAACAUGGGCUAGUUGUUAUCGCCAGGAGCAGGGAAUGGUUGAUAGUUGCUUGUAUGCCGAUUCCUUCUUCAAUAAGUAUAAUAAGAAGUAUAGAAGAAGACCACUGAAGUCUAUAAAUCUGUUGCCAGACUUACUACUGUAUUUACAAGAAGGCUACAGAGACUCUAGAGACAAGGAAGAAGAUGCACCUGAUGGCGCUGAGUUCAUGAAAGAUCAACAUAAUAUGGGUAUAGAAAUACCAUCAGAUCUGAUACAAGAAACGUUGUCCCGCCACUGGACUGUACAGGCAUCAAAGCAUGGCCAGACAUUCAUUGUUAUGCAGUGUCUUUCUAAGUGCUUGGACAGAACUUGUUCCCUUCGAUGCAAUGACUGUGUAAACUUAUGUAGUCACAUGUAUUUCUGUACCUGUGGUAAAACUGAAUACAUUUGCUUACAUAUUCACAAAGUAUUUCAACUGCAUGGACCCAUGCAGCCUGAGACAGAAGAUGGGUGUGAAGAGUCAGGCACAUUUUUUUUGGAACAAGAUGAAAUUGGAGAGCAAGAUGAGGCCAUGGAGGAUGAGGAGACUAUGGAGCAAGACGUGAAGCCUGAAGCAAUAGUGAUUAGUGUUGCAACCCCAGAAGUUGCUGAAAAGGCUGUUGAAUUGAUUGACACUGAGGCAAAGAGAGAAAAUACUUUGAAAAAUUUAGACUUAUUGCGUCAAAUUGUAGAUCAGCGAUGUUUGCCUGAGGAAAUUGUGCAUGUAAUUAAUGACACUGUAGAGGGUCUCUGUAAUCUGAUUGACAGUUCUUGAUAAUGUAAAAAUUGUAAUGUAAGAAUACAAUUGUAAUGAAUGAAUUGUAAUUGUAAGGUAUUUUCAUUAUUGAUUUAUAAAUUGAUGUGUACUGUA